AUGGCGACUAAAGCAAAGGCAAAAACUGCCAGCAAGACGGCAGCCACUAAAAAGGCGGCCAGCAAAAAGGCCAGUACGGCAAAAAGUGGUUCUACCGCGCCCCGCGCAACAGCCAAUUCUCCCUUUCGUAACUACACACCUUACGAACCGAAGAAAAAAGAAACAUAUAUGAACGAGGCGCAGCUGGCGCACUUCAGGGAAAUGUUGAUGAACUGGCGUCGCGAGUUGAUGGAAGAGGUUGAUCGAACCGUACACCACAUGCAAGACGAAGCUGCAAAUUUUCCGGACCCCGCUGACCGGGCAACCCAGGAAGAAGAGUUCAGUAUUGAACUGCGGACCCGCGACCGGGAACGCAAGUUAAUUAAGAAAAUCGAUCAGACCAUUGAUCGACUGGACCAGGAAGAUUACGGCUAUUGCGACACCUGUGGUAUCGAAAUCGGGCUUCGACGCCUGGAAGCACGGCCAACCGCAACCCAGUGUGUAGACUGCAAGUCUCUGGAUGAAAUAAAAGACUAUCUGGAUAUCCGACAACGCGGCGGGCAAUGGUUUGUACGGCUGGACGAUUUAGACCCACCGCGACAGGACCCUUUGGCGGAUAGCCAGAUCAUUGCUGCCCUGAAUGUUCACGGUUUAAUCGGCAACCGUGACGGUAGCACCGUCGUUGACUACCAGAGCGAUCAUCAGCAUCGUUAUGAAACUGCCUUGCAGCGCGUACAGGACCAGCUUUUCUACUGCAAUUGCAGCCGUCGUUCUUUAUCUGGUGAGCCAAUCUACCCUGGCACCUGUCGCGGCCGCAAAGCCUUGCAAGCCGAUUGCGCCGUGCGCCUGCAUGUGCAGGACAUUGAAGUGAGUUUCAUAGAUGAGCUGCAGGGUGCGUUUUCCUAUCAAAUGGCCAGCGAUCAGGGCGAUUUCAUUGUUAAACGUCGCGACGGCUUAUGGGCAUACAAUUUUGCUGCUGCCGUCGAUGAUGGCCAGGAUGCCACCCACGUCUUGCGCGGCGAAGAUCUGCUAGAAGUCACCGCACAACAGAUCUACGUCAUGCAGUUACUCGAUCUGGCACCUCCACAGUAUGCUCAUCUGCCUGUAUUGAGCUUUGCCGACGGCACCAAACUAUCGAAGCAGACACACGCGCCAUCAUUGAAUAACCAUCAAGCUGCUGCAAAUCUGCGAUCCGCCCUGUCAUACCUGGGCCAGAACCCGCCCGUGGAACCUGCCUGGGCGGUAUCCCAAUGGCUCCAGUGGGGGUUAUCCAAUUGGCGCCUGGACAGGGUCCCAAAACAGCUUUCAACGUAUGUCGAAAACGCUUAA